UAAGUCCUACUCUGCCCCCAGAGCAGACAUUAGUGUCCCUUGUAGCCUAGAGGCUACCAAGAAAAUGAGAAGCAGCUACCCCUGGGUGCUCAGGCUUAUAUUCUUGCUCCUGCUGGUGCUGACCCCUCUGCUCCCAAGCAGUGGGGCAUACCAGCACAGAGCCCAGAGCAACCUGGAUGAGGAGAGCACCCACCAGGGCCACAGCCAGGACACCGAGUCCAGGGAGAGGCUGGCAGAUCACAAGAAAUCCUGCCAGAGCAAUCUUGACCUCUAUUUAAUCGUGGACAAGUCAGGAAGUGUGGACACCAACUGGAUAUUUACAUACGGCUUCAUAGAGGAUUUCCUCAAAAUGUUUCAAAACCCUAACAUGAGGGUCUCUAUUGUCACCUUGUCCACGCUGGGCCACACCAUCCUAAAGCUCACCUCAAACAGAAAAGAAAUCGAAGAUGGCCUCAACAAACUACACAACACAGUGCCUACCGGAGCCACAAACAUGCGGGAAGGAUUUAAAGCGGUCAAUGAACAGAUCUCCACAGCAAACUCUGGAGUAAAAAAGGUUCACUCCAUGGUUAUCUCCCUGACUGAUGGAGCACUGUCGCCAGAGGCCUUUGAGGCUACCAAGAAUGAAGCUCAGAGGACUCGACAACUGGGAGGGACUGUUUACACCGUGGGUGUAAACUACUACAUGAAAAAUCAGGUCUGCAGAUAGUGAGGAUCACGUGGUUGGUGUGGACAGUGGAUUUUAUGAUCUCCAGAACAUCGUCGACUCACUCGCAGAUAAGUCCUGUAUUGAGCUUACAAGUGUGGAACAGACAAAUUACUGUGUGGGAGGUAAGAGCUGGGGUCUCUCUUCUAAAGAGAGGCACACGUGUUUGUGUGUGU